AGACAAAGGGAACAGUAGUUGGCAUCUGAAAAGGUCAAGAGUAGUAGUCCCUGACGUGUCAGAGGCCUCAUCGUCAGUGGGAGAGUAUAAAAGGACCUGUAAGUGCGGGCUAUGGUGCGCAAAACAUUCACAGUCCUGCAACCAUGGGAAAGAUUAUCUUCUACGAAGGCCGCAACUUCCAGGGUCGCCACUGGGAGUGCGGCAGUGACUGCAUGGACACCUACAGGCACUUCAACUGCUGCAACUCCAUCCGUGUCAGCGGUGGUCACUGGGUGGCCUAUGAGAAGCCUCACUACAUGGGUUACCAGUACAUCCUUGGCCCUGGCGAGUAUGCUGACUACCACACCUGGAUGGGCUUCAACAAUUGCAUCCGCUCCUGCCAGAUGUUCUCCCCUUAUAGAGGAUCCUACAAGAUGAGGAUCUACAACAGGCCUGACAUGAUGGGACACAUGAUGGAGUUCAUGGAUGACUGCCCCAACGUGUACGAGCGCUUCCACUACCGUGACAUUUACUCCUGCAACAUCAUGGAGGGUUACUGGAUCUUCUACGAGCACCCUAACUACAGGGGACGCCAGUAUUUCCUGCGCCCUGGAGAGUACAGGGCCUGUGGUGAUUGGGGCUGCCACAACCCCAUGGUGGGCUCAUUCAGGAGGAUGAGGACUCUCAUGUAAACUAUGCGCAACUCAAAUGAACAUUAAACGCUUGAUUUUCAAAUAA